AUGUCUUCAACUGCUACACAGUCCACAGCCGUGCUUCGCUCUCGCCUCAAGGAGCUCAUCAACGCAUACCUCCGCCACCGACCAUUGAUACAACGGGCUCUCACCGCAAGUUUUGUCAUAUACUGCCUUCUAUCUACUUAUAGAUCUUUGACGGGUAAAGGCGCUAAGGGUAGCGGUAGAGAAAGAAGUGGGGGAAGGCGGGGCAAAGGAGGCAAGAGUGUGACGGGCUCCAUCAACGAUCCGAAAUUCCAUGUGCGCCUAAAGAGGCUCAUGAGGGUCGUCAUACCCAGUCUCAAGACCAGGGAAGCUGCCAUGCUGGCCCUGCAUUCGGCCUUUCUCGUAGGACGUACAGGUCUCAGUCUAUAUGUGGCCGAGCUCGACGGUCGUAUCGUAUCCUCUUUGGUCACUGCCAACCCCACACUGUUCCUGAUGAACAUCACCAGGUGGCUCCUGAUAGCCAUCCCUGCAACGUAUACCAACUCUAUGCUCGAGUACCUCCAGUCUGAACUUGGACUUGCUUACCGCACGCGCCUCACCAAACAUGCUCUCAAUGCGUAUCUGGAUCCUCCCGAAUUUCGGAUAGAAGGCGAUGUGAGCGGCGAACAGCUGUUUUACAAACUCGCCAACUUGGAUGAUAGAAUCAAGAACGCCGACCAAUACUUGGCUGUAGAUAUACAGUUGUUCAGCGAUAAGCUUGCAGAAAUAUACUCGAACAUCGCGAAACCCGUUUUAGAUGUCAUACUAUACAACUAUCAACUAUCGAAGAAUGUAGGAGCAGAGGGCCUUGUGGUUUUGACUAUCCUUGUACAGGCUAGCGCUGGACUUUUGAGAGCCAUCACUCCCCCGUUUGGAGCAUAUGCUGCCCAUGAAGCCAAACUCGAAGGCGAACUACGCUUUACCCACUCUCGCCUCCUUGAGUCUGCCGAGGAAGUUGCUCUCUACCACGGCGAAGAGUUUGAAAAGAACAUUAUCGAGCGCGGCUACUUUGCGCUGGUAAAGCACAUCAACCGGGUGUUGCGGAUCAGGGUUGGACAUGGGAUGGCAGAGGAAGGGGUCAUCAAGUGGCUUUGGGGCAGCUUGGGACUGGGGAUCUGUGCGAUACCAGUCUUUGGACGAGAGUUCCUGGGAAUGAAGGGAGGAGAUCUAGCUAGCCGGGCGGAGGGCUUUGUGACCAAUCGCCGACUUCUGCUUUCCUCCAGCGACGCCUUCGGACGAGUUAUGUACAGCUACAAGGAACUGGCAGAGCUGGCAGGCUACACUUCUCGGGUAUCCGACCUCUUCGAAGCGAUGGAUGACGUGAAGAAGGGCAACUACCAAAAAAGGCUUGUCAGUGGUGCUAGCGUGGAAGAUAAUGCCAAGAUGCUUCAAGGCCGAGGCAACAUUAUCGAGUCGGAGGAGAUCAGAUUCGAUAAAGUGCCGCUGAUAAGCCCCAACGGUGACGUCUUGGUCAAGUCCAUGAGCUUCAACGUGGAAAUCGGAAAGCACCUGCUGGUGAUUGGCCCCAAUGGAUGUGGCAAAAGUAGUCUUUUCAGGAUCCUUGGUGGACUAUGGCCUGUCUACGGCGGGACUGUUUAUAAACCUCCUGCAUCUCAAUUUACAUACAUCCCUCAGCGCCCUUACCUCACCUCCGGCACCCUCCGCGACCAGAUCAUCUAUCCCCACUCCCACUCUGACAUGCUUGCCAGAGGCACUUCCGACGAGAACCUGAUCAAGAUCCUGGAGGUGGUGGAGAUGGGUUCGGUUGUGGAGCGAGAAGGAGGAUGGGGAGUGGUCAGGGAAUGGAGAGAUGCGCUGAGUGGGGGAGACAAGCAGAGAAUCGCCAUGGCGAGGCUGUACUACCACAAGCCGAAGUACGCUAUAUUGGAUGAGUGUACCAGUGCUGUGACGUUGGAGAUGGAGAGGAUAAUGUACGACCAUGCUACUGCCCUCGGUAUUACUCUCAUGACGGUAUCACAUCGCCCCUCGCUCUGGAAGUAUCACUCGAUGGUCCUCCAAUAUGAUGGUCAAGGCGGGUAUAUUUUUACCGAGCUCGAUGCGGAGAAGAGGUUGAAGCUGCAGGAGGAAAAGCAGGAGCUGGAACAUAAAUUGCUCGGGGUGCCAAAGUUGAAGGAGAGGUUGGAGGAGCUGAAAGUGAUCAAGGCGGAGAGGGAGAAGGGUCAGAAGUGA